AUGGCGCUAGCAUCUCACCCAGCCUCCGAGGUCGCCGGCAAAGAGGAGACCAGGGACCUUGACACGACCGGUCUCUGCCUUCUUUCUCUUGAUGGCGGCGGGGUGAGAGGGUUGUCGAGCCUGUUCAUUCUCAAAGGGCUCAUGACAAGGCUGAAUUUCGAGCGACAAGCUGUUGGACUGGCAAGAGUGAAACCUUGCGACAUAUUUGAUCUCAUUGGUGGUACCAGCACUGGAGGAAUCAUUGCCAUAAUGCUAGGACGACUUGAAAUGGAUGUGGACGAAUGUAUCAAAGCAUAUACAGCAAUGAUGAAAAAGGUCUUCAAGAACAAGAGGAGUGCGUUCUUUGUGUCUAUCACGGGCAACGUGAAAGCCAGAUUCUCUUCGAAGACGCUUGAGACGGCAAUCAAAGAGGUCUUAAGGAGCAAAGGGUUCAAGGAAGACGACCUGCUCUUGGAUGAGGCAAAUCCAGAAGCCACCGGAAAGUGCAAAGUCUUCGUCUGUGCCAAAUCCCAGGAGGGAAAUCACAUUAGACGGCUGAAGAGCUAUAACGUCCAAGGAAGGCAGGAGGAAGACAACCCCAAGAUCUGGGAAGCGGCUCUUGCCACUUCGGCUGCACCGUCUUUCUUCGACCCGGUGCAGAUCGGUGCAUGCAGCUACGUCGAUGGUGCCCUUGGCGCCAACAACCCAGUGAACCAGGUCGAAGAAGAGGCAGCGGACAUCUGGUGCGAGGAAACAGGUCGACUACAGCCGAUUGUAAAGUGCUUCAUUUCCAUCGGCACGGGCCAUGCAGAUUUCACGACCAUCAAGAACAGCUCACUGAGGUCUGUGGCACACAGUAUUGAGAAAGUCGCCACCGAAACCAAAAAGGCAGACAGCGAAUUCACCGGCAGAUGGAGAGAGCAUCUGGACACCCGCUAUUUCCGUUUUAACGUCGAGGAAGGCCUGCACAGUGUACGCCUGGCCGAGUAUAAGCAACAGGCGGUCAUCGACGCAGGAACUCGACUCUAUAUGGAUGGCCAUGGAGUGAAGCGCAAGGUGCGAACAUGCGUCCAGAAUCUGAGACAAAAACGAUAUGAGCCGGAUCGAGCGUUUUGCCUUGAGCAGACGAAGCUUGAAGAACAGCGGGAGAAGGCCGAGCAACGAGACCGAGAUCGUCCAAAAAUGCUGGGCACCACGAGCGAAAUAUCGGAACUGGUCGAGAGAGGCGACGCCAAUCGACGAAAAGCCCCCAGCACCGUCGGCAAGGAGGAUCUCCUCAGCGCGCAAGAAGACUUCACCCGCGCUCUGAGGGGGAUGAACUCGCAGAACCCGCUACCCAAGGCCAAGGAGUUUGCCCGAAUCUACCAAAAGCUGAUGUCCACCUCCCUGAGACUCAGCCAUCUGCUCGCCUUCACGGAGAACGAGCGGAUGGCAUACGUGCGCGAGGCCGAAAAGCACGGGACCUUCGCCAUGGAGCAUGCCAUCAGGUCACAGAACGACCAGCGCGUCUCGCAAAUGAGGUUCUACAUGUCCUGCGUGCACGCCAGAGAAGUCUGCCUGAUGUCGGAAAUCGGCAAUGUGCCGGCCGACGCGCUGCUAUCGAGGCGCGAUCGAGCGUUGGAAGAGAUCUCGGUCUCCCUGAGCGAACUUCAGAGUUUUGAAGACAUGGACAUGGCUGUGUACGAGGUUAUGGCGCGGGAAUAUAGCCAGGCUUUAUCGCGUGGAACGCGGGUGUAA